CUUCAAUACCAUGAGACUCUCUUCUCCUCCUCUUUCCUGCAUUUUCGGCCUACUUGCGUACCUGAGAUACCCUGCAAUAGUCACAGCAUAUCCAUAUCCAUAAUACUUGUCUUUAUAGCUUCGUCAUGGCGCCCAAACCCCUCCAGCGCGUCGUCCCCCAUCUCCGGGCGGUGCAGUACCACAACCUCCAUACCCUUCUCUCGCAGCCUCUCGCUGAGCUGUCCGGCUCGCUGGGCGACCUGGGCACUCUUCUCCCUCUUAUGAUCGCGCUCACACUCACCGGCUCCAUCUCCCUUCCCUCGACCCUCCUCUUCACCGGCGCCGCGAACAUCUACUCCGGCGUCGCAUUUGGCAUCCCUAUACCCGUACAACCCAUGAAAGCUGUCGCCGCAGUGGCUAUUGCACGGCGAUUCUCACUUGAAGAAACGGCAGCUUCUGGAAUCGUCGUGGCGGCACUAGUGGGGGUGAUGAGCGUAACUGGGCUUGUACGCUGGGCCAGCAAUGUUACACCUAUACCUGUUGUCAAAGGAAUACAAGUUGGGGCCGGUUUAUCCCUCUGUCUAAGCGCUGGAUCAUCUCUACUCAAUCCGCUGAGCUGGACCGGGCCGUGGUGGGGAGAUAAUCUGCUAUGGGCCCUCUUAGCAGUUAUACUCCUUCUAGCAACCCUCCCGUUCCCACGGGCUCCUUACGCUCUCGCUGUGUUUGUCUUGGGACUCAUUCUCGCAGGCUUCCACGCCCCGUCUGCUUCUCCUCCAGACCAUUCCACUCCCCAUUCCAACUCUUCAUCAAAUCCUUUCGCCGAUAUUCCAAUCCUCCAUCCCUCCGCUGCGACUUUUUGGCACGCUACGACCACCGCCGCCCUCGGCCAGCUACCGCUCACCCUCCUUAAUUCCGUCAUCGCUGCCUCUGCUCUAGCCAUCGACCUAUUUCCAUCACCGCCGUACCCCACCGCUCCCUCUGUCACAUCACUCGGUCUUUCCGUGUCUCUCAUAAACCUGAUAGGAUGCUGGUUCGGCGCGAUGCCUGCAUGUCAUGGUUCUGGAGGACUAGCAGCACAGUACCGCUUUGGGGCACGGAGCGGAGCCAGCAUUAUUUUGCUUGGGUUGCUCAAGGUAACACUAGGGGUAAUAACACUCUGGAAGGCUGAAGCUGUUGUCAGCAUCCUAAAGGGGUUCCCGGCGGCGUUGCUCGGCGUGCUGGUGCUGGCAGCUGGAGUGGAACUAGCGAAGGUGGGCGAAAGCCUUAACACCGAUGCACGCGACUUGAGGGUAAUGCACGGAGACGAGGAUGGGGAAGAGACCUGGGAUGGGAAGGGUGUAAGGUCCUUGGAUGAGAGGGAGAGGAGAGAGAGGUGGAUGGUCCUGCUUGUUACUGUCGCUGCCUUGCUCGCAUUCAGAAAUGAUGGCAUUGGCUUUCUAGUUGGGCUGGCAUGGCAUUGGGGAUUCCGUGCUACGAAAAGGGUGGAAGAUUGGAGGGCACGGAGGCAGAGGAGGGAAACCGUUCCUGAGGAGGAGAGGGGACUUCUCUCUUAAAGGUAGGUUAAGGUACAUGUCCUAGGCGAUGAUUGAUCAACGAAUGAUGUCGAUGGGUCUAUAGCAUUUGAAGGUUUGUAGCAUUAUUAGCGGAAGCAUUGCGUUGAAGAAUGCAUUUUCUUGAGCAUUACGCAGGCGAAUACUUGAGAGAGAAUGCAUUUUCUACAUCUAGCAAACCCA